AUGGCUCAAGGCGGUGUAAAAUCAGCUUCGAAGGCAAAGAUGCAAAAAUCAAAAAGAGCUCCUCCUUCAAACGGAAUUAAAAAGAAGAGCAAGACAAAACAAGAGGAAAUUAAAAAACAAAUUAAAAAGCAAUGUACUGUAGCCACCGCUGCAUAUAUUGAAGGUGAAAUGUUAGCAAAAUUGAAAAAAGAUGGAAAACCGUUACAUUUUUUGAAAGAUGCUGCUACCACCAAUACUGCAACUAGUGGAAAGGCAUCAGCUUCUAAUAAGAAGGAUCAAAAGAAGAAAACCACAAACAAAUAG